AUGGCCUUGUGGCCCUUCAGGCGGAAAGCGUCGCAACGACGCUCGUCCACCGGGCGAGGGCGACUUGCUGGGGACCAUGCAGCACCGCCGCCGCGCUCCAUGACCGAGCCCCCGAUGGCUACGACCGACACACCGGGCGGGACUGCGGGGUCAUCCCCGGGUCCCGACCGCACCAAGAGCAAGAGGCAACGCAACUCGCCUGGUAACAAGAAAAUCCAGCGUCGCAACCGGACAUACAGCUUCUCACCGGGUCGUCGAGACUCGAUACGUGUCGCCCGGGCUAGGGAGGAAUCGGUCCCACCUUUGCCCGCAGGGCCCAUCCCGGUGGCCGCCAUGUAUGAUUCGGAUUACGGGGGAAAGGGUCCCUCCGGCGUCACUCAUGAAGCUGACCUUAGAAAUCGGGUGCCCACCCUACACCACAGCACCUCGCAAAACAAGAGGCGGGCCCAACCUUUACCCAGGAAGAAGUCCAGCAAACGACGCAAAGAGGAUCAUGAUCGCGAGGCCGAGAUCAAGGCUAUGAGCCAUUCUCAUCCUGUGCCAACUCGUCCUGCUACCGAGACCUGGAUUGCCGGGAGGCCACUCAAGCGGGAAAGCAAGAGGACGGCUGGUGGCCACACCAAAGACUGGCAUAGACCAGACUCUGACAUUUCCUUGCCGGAAUCGAUACACUCGAGCAUGUCUUCGGAUUCCGAGCAUGUGUCGUUCCGCGUGUCUGCCCUCGAUGUGCUCGCGCCCCGACCGACGAUACGAUAUGCUUCGAGCCCGGUCUACGGAGUUUCGAACAACUCGGAACCCGUGAGGACACUAUCGCAGAAGAGAAAGCUAUCAGAGAGAGGCCCGAUUCCCGAGGCAACCUUGAAGGCGCACAAGAGAGUAGAUGAUCUAGCCGACGAUUUAGACGCAUCCGACCUUCGAGAAUUGAUGGAACGAGAUAAACGCAGAAGAGAACGAAAGAGAGAAAAGGAGCAACAAAGAGUUGAGAGGCGUCUAGCAAGAAGAGCAGAAAGGCAGCGAGUCGAAGAAGCUGAAGCCAAGCGCAAUGGAACACCGCCACCGCAGAAUCUAGAAAGAGGCGUUCUAGGACGAGAAUCUCCACCGGCCGGACAAGACACGACAUCUGCGGUUGUUACCUCGUCACGGCGUAGACAGUCAGCCGAAUCACUAAGCAAACAGACAGAGCCAGCUGCUGCGGCCAGCGAAGCGAAGCGUGCGCCAUCACCAUUGGACCAGUUCCAUCGUGUAGACAGUAUCACACAGACACCUACAGAGUUUAUCGAAGCUGCGCAACCAGAACAACCACCUCGACCGGAAGAGCUCGAACCGAGAACGUCACGGUCGCCGAGUCCCAGGUUAAUCAACUUCAUUCGGUCUAAGAAACGCCGAUCGAAGUCGCCUCCCCAGACAGAUCUGGAGAAGACUGAUGACAAGCCGUCGGCGCCAGCGUCGACACGAGUGGUCUCCAAGUCAGAAUCCGAAUCAGCUGGGAGACCAUCUGACAGCAGUUCCUCAGGGAAAGCUUGGAUGUCCAUCUUCAAAUGGGCUCGGACUGGGAAGAACAGACGGAGCUCCGGCCCAUCGUCGUUCUCGAAUACUUCUCGAGACUCGAUGCUGGCCAGCCAGCCACCAAAUCAGACGCCCAACUAUCUGCCCAUCCAGAGGUCUAACUCCAAGGUGCCCAAGAGGACGAUGUCUCGUUUCCGGGAGGAUCUGCCUGAGCUCCCUCUCUCGCCGCCGGACUCACGUGUAGCCUCCCCUGAAGCUGACUUCAGACCUGCGGAGCCAUUACCCGUCAUUGCCGAUGACGUCGUCAUGCGAUACGAUACCCCCACCUCCGGCCACCGUGCAACCCCCAGUUCGAUGCACCGCGAUGAGAUGCAAACCUCGCCGGCACCUCAGUCCAUGUCUCUGGCAUCGAUUGACUCGGAGGGCUCAUGGCUGUCUGGUCGUGCAGCUGGCAAGCGGGCGUCGUCUGGAAUGCGCGGUUCCCUGACCAACUAUCCCUUGCGCUCUGUGUCUGGAGACUCCGAGGACCAUGACGACGACGCCGUGCAAGAUGACGACUUCUUGAACAUCGUUGACGAUAAGAAGCUGCACCGCAAGUCAACUGGCGAGGCACGCCCGAGCAGUGAUGAAGAGGAGCAAGAGGACGAACAGUCCCCGAAGUGGGGCAAUCUCACUCGUACCCCAACGUUUACACACCGCCGAGAGACAAUGAGAAGUCGUGAGGGUCUUUUAUUACAAACAUAUGACGAUGAUGACAAGGAGAUUGGCAUCGACAAGGACAGUGAGGACGGAACCUCUUUCGGGGGCGAAUCACCCACUGUUCCUCAGCGAGCUACCAGUGUCAACUUUGGCAAGGGGCACAUCCGCAAUUUUAGUGCAGGAAGUGCCAAGCUAUUGGAACUUUCUCCACGAGCAUCUACCGACAAGCGCAGGAGUGUCCACGAGCCAGUCACUCAAUAA